AUGUCCUUGGCACAGCCGACCAAGACCACCAGCGCCUGUCUGCAUUGCAGGUCUAAGAAGCUCAAAUGUGAUGCGAAUCUCUUAACUUGUGCGAAUUGCGAAAAGGCUGCAACGGUCUGUGUCGCGGUGGAUCCGAAGUCCGGGCGGCAUUAUGAACGAAGAUAUAGAUACCUGGGGGACCUUCAAGAGAAAAUCGCCUCUCUUCGCCGGCGCCUUCGGGAACAGAGCCAUCAAGAAGCUCCUAUCGAGCAUCCAAGCUUGGUGGUUCUCGACAGAAAUAGCAGGUUUCCUGACGACCUUUCUGACAGUUCCGUCAAGUACAAUCCGGAUACUAGUGAUGGGAGUCUCUUCAGCAAUUCCAGAUUUUAUGUCGACACCCGCCAAGAACCACCCCCAGAGUCGGCUCCAGCAGAGAAGAUGGACCUGCCGCCUCUGUCUGUUACUUGUAGACUUGCAGACCUAUAUGUCAGCUUCGAUCUGGGAUUCCACAAGGUUUCUCCGUUUAUGAGACGAAAAGAGGUUUACCAUCAGAUUGAACGGCUCUACGAUAAUCGGGCAGUCGGUACAUCGCGGAUUCAGCGGCGCAACGACAUGUUCCAGCUCUUCAUGAUACUUGCUGUGGCAACAUCUCUUGUCCGACAGACUCAGUCGUCAGCCUCCCCAUUCGCCUAUUAUUCGUCCGCGAUCCAAUACGCCGAUAUUCUGUCAGAACCCCCAUGUGACGCUCAGAUUCAAAACACGAUGCUUUUAUUGGUGUUUAGUCAUUUGAAUGACAUUAGCAUGUCGGCUGAUAUCGAUGCAGUUGGAAGUAAGUGGAAGUUGGCACGCCAGGCAAUGCGCAUCUGCAUUCAACUUGGCUACCACAAGAAGCCAGUGAAACCAUUAGACCCUGUCACAGAGCAGAUUCAGAGGCGAUUGUUCUGGUGUUGUUACGUGCAAGAGAGGUUCUCGGCAUGUAAUCUGGGGCGGCCUAUUAUGAUAUCCGAUUCCGAGAUUACGGUUCAGUACAUGCAGAUGCCGGAAGAAAUCUGCCUCGACGAGAUCAGACAUUUACCCACAUCCAGAUCCGGCGUCCGCAGCGAGGUCUCCGUAUUAAUUCGACAAGCAGCGUUGAGAAAGAUAUCCGCCAAAGUCCGAUCGACACUAUACACCCCGAAUAGAAGUGCCGUGAACCAAGAUAUAGCCACUAAGGAAGCUUUGGCGACCGGGCUUGCUCAAGAACUGGAGGAAUGGCGAAGUUUGCAUGAAGUUAAAAGCACUGAUGCAACGUCAAGCUGCCUCUUUGACACUGUUGAAUACUUGAACAUCAACUUAUACCGGGAGCGACUAUUCAUUUACACUCCUCUUGCUUUUCCUUCCAGGCAAACAAGGACGCAAUCCAUUCCUGAUAUCAAGCAUCUCGGAUACUGUCUCGAUGCGGCAGUGCAUAUUGUUUAUGAAUACCAGACUUUGCUUGAGAGAAAAGUAGAUCUCCCAAUCUGGACACAUGUGCAGGACAUACUCCGCUCGGGAUUCACUCUACUGUAUUGCGGGAUCUACAUCCCUCUUUUUCUAUCACAAUCUGGUCAGGACGAAUCAACUAAGCCGAACCCCGAACCGGCUACUAUCAUUCAAGGCAUGGAUGAUUGCAAGACGAUGUUGCAGAAUUUGUCAAGAAAAUGGUUGGCAGUAACUCCUCACCUCCUGGCUUUUGGCCGUCUGUCAGACGAGGUAAAACGGCUUAGCGGCGUGCCCAAGCUACCAGUUCCAUCUGCUGCCCGGGACGAGAUCCCGGUGGCAAAUCCCUAUUUGCACCCGAAUAUUGUGCCAUUAGAUGGCCAACUUACGUUUUGGAACGUUCCUCUAGAUGUCUCGUCGUGGGAUGUCAUGCUUGAUGGUGACAUUGAUAUGCAGGCCGUCUUUGGUAAUGACUUUGACGCGUUCAACGAGAAUGACCACGCGCGCACUGAGGAUUGGGAGUGA